UAAAUAAAUAAUCCCAAGCCUUCUCUGAAUAGAAUUUCCCUUUCUUUAGAUCUCUCUCCAAUUUUUCCUUCAUAUAUUCUCACUUUCUCUUCCUUCGUUUCACUCACUUUCUCUCUCUUUCUUCGCCUCUUUCGUAUUUUCUAGAAUCUUCGUCACAGCAGGAAAUAUGAUUAAUUUGUUCAAAGUGAAAGCCAAACAAAGGGAAAAUGCUGAAAAUCUUAAUGGAAAGCCGCAUGUCAAGAAGCAAACAGCUGGAGAAUUACGUCUUCAUAAAGAUAUCAGUGAACUGAACCUGCCAAAGUCAUGUACCAUAUCAUUUCCCAAUGGAAAGGAUGAGCUGAUGAAUUUUGAAGUUACCAUCCGUCCUGACGAGGGAUAUUAUCUAGGCGGCACAUUUGUGUUUACCUUCCAAGUUCCAUCUGUAUAUCCUCACGAGCCUCCCAAAGUCAAGUGCAAAACAAAGGUAUACCAUCCCAACAUCGACUUGGAAGGUAAUGUCUGUCUUAACAUACUAAGAGAAGACUGGAAACCUGUUUUGAACGUAAACACUGUCAUCUAUGGGUUGUAUCACCUCUACACGCAACCAAACUAUGAAGACCCUUUAAAUCAUGAUGCCGCUGCUGUAUUGAGGGAUAAUCCUAAAAUGUUCGAGUCCAAUGUGAGAAGAGCUAUAGCUGGGGGUUACGUGGGUCAAACCUUCUUCCCGAGGUGUGUUUCUUGAGAGGUAUGAAGCUGUAAACUUGGAUGCAAAAGGGUGCCGAUUGAAUUCUUGGAUACUACUAUAUCUUAAAAUCUGUACCAGUUUCGGUAGGAGUGUAUUUGAUGAUGAUUGGUGUAUUUUGUGUUGCAACAAGAAUUUAGCCAAAAUGGGCUUUUAAUUUCAUGGUUUCCUCUGAUGCCAAAACAUUGGUUUAACACUAAUUAUGCAGACAUACAUUUUUAGUAUUUCUUUUGCCUCCUCCGUCGUAUGUACUAAUGGGGGGAGAACAAAUUUCAUCUUUGUGAAGAGGAGAUUAUUAAAUAUGUUUGAUCGUGCGAGUUUUACA